GACUCGAGCAAUUCUGCAUUAGAGGAGAAAAAAGAGGGAGAAAAAAAUAUCAAACAUGGAAGCAAAAGACAUGUUUGCUAAUCUAGGAUCCAUAAUUGCCAGCUCGAUGUUUGUGUGGGCAAUGUUUCAGCAGUACGUUCCUUAUCAGCUCCAACACAACAUCGAAAAAUACUGUCAAAUAUUGGUGAGGUUCGUUUGCCCUUACAUCCAGAUUAGGUUCGAUGAGCUCACUGGAGACUAUGAUAUGUUCCGGAGCGAAGCUUACACUGCCAUCCAAGCCUACCUCAGCUCCAGGUCCUCUACGCAGGCAAAGAGGCUCAAGGCCGACAUAGCUAAAAACAGCCAAUCUCUUGCUCUUCGCAUGGAUGACCAUGAAGAGGUUGCUGAUGAGUUUCAAGGACUCAAACUCUGGUGGGCUUCUGGGAAGGAAGCUUCCAAUACGCCCUCAUAUUGGACCCCGGAGGAGAAGAGGUACUACAGGCUCACUUGCCAUAAACGACAUAGGGAGCUCAUUCUCGGGCCGUACCUGAAUCAUGUCAUCAAAGAGGGAAAGGCCAUCGAGGCGAGAAACCGCCAAAGAAAGCUCUACACCAACAGCGAUUCCAAAUGGAGCCAUGUGGUUUUGAAGCACCCCGCUUCGUUUCAGACACUCGCAAUGGAUCCGGAGAAGAAGAAAGAAAUUAUGGAGGACCUCAUCGCAUUCAGCACGGCGGAAGAGUUUUAUGAAAGAGUUGGGAGGGCUUGGAAGAGAGGCUAUCUCCUCUAUGGCCCUCCAGGAACAGGCAAGUCCUCCAUGAUUGCUGCCAUGGCCAAUCUUUUAGGCUAUGACCUUUACGAUCUUGAAUUGACUUCGGUGAAGAAUAACACAGAGCUGAGGAAGCUAUUGAUGGAAGUAUCAAGCAAGUCUAUUAUUUUGAUUGAGGACAUUGACUGCUCACUUGAUCUCACUGGUCAAAGGAAGAAGAAGAAGAAGAAAAACGAGAAAGAUGAAGCAGAAAAAAAGAAGGAUCCGCAACAAAAACCGGAAAAAGAAGAGAAGGAAACGGAAGAAAGCAAGGUUACUCUUUCUGGGCUGCUGAAUUUCAUUGAUGGGCUUUGGUCAGCUUGUGGCGGGGAAAGACUGAUUGUCUUCACAACUAAUUAUGUGGAGAAACUCGACCCAGCACUGAUUCGAAGCGGGCGGAUGGAUAAGCAUAUUGAAUUGUCCUACUGCAGGUUUGAAGCGUUCAAGGGGCUGGCUAAGAAUUAUCUUCAAAUUGAAUCUCACCCUUUGUUUGGCAGAAUCCGUGAGUUGUUGGAAGAAGCAAAUUUGUCUCCAGCCGAUGUUGCGGAGCAUUUGAUGCCCAAGAGAGCUUCAGGGGAUCCAACAUUCUCCUUGGAGAGCCUGAUCCAAGGUCUUCAAAAGGCGAAAGAAGAAGCAAGAUUGAAAGCCGAGGAAGACGCUAAAAAGAAGGAACAAGCGGCCAAAGAAGAAGCAAAAGACCAAGAAAAAGUUGUUACCGCUGACGAAUAAUGGGGACCAACAAAACAAUUCUAGACGAACGCGCGACAGGAAAAUCAGUCAUCAGCUGAAAUACAAAAAGACGGAAUGGAGAGCCCGUGUGUGCGGAAAAGGACGGAGGACGAUCCUCUCCGUUUCAGCUGAGCUGAGAAAAUAAGUUUAGCCUUCCGAUUUUAUUUUGUUGCAUAUAUAAGUGCAUUUAAUGAUAAAGUAGAUGUUUUAAAACGAGAUUCA